AGCAGCUUCCGAGGCGCAGGAAGGGGCGGAGGCAGCGCCCGGGCCUCGGUUGCCCAAGGAGCCGCCCAGCCCCUCCGCCACUUCCGAAGAGCGCCGCUCCAGCACUCAGCCCGUCCCGCGCCCAGCAUGGCCCCGCGGGCGCUGCCGCUCUUGGUGCUCUGCUCCGGGCUGGGACUCGGCCUCUGCGCCGCCGGCAGCAGCUCCGCCACAGGCGAGCAGCUCUUCAAGGCGUGGGCCUCGCAGCACCGGCGGGAGUACCGCUCCGAGGAGGAGUUCCGGCACCGGCUGCGGAUCUUCCUCGACAACAAGCAGAAGGUCGACAAGCACAACGCCGGCAACUCCAGCUUCCGAAUGGGCUUGAACCAGUUCGCAGAUAUGAGCUUCCCUGAAUUCAGGCAGAAGUAUCUCUGGCGUGAACCCCAGAACUGCUCUGCUACCAUGGGCAACUUCCCCAGGAGCUCUGGGCCCUACCCGAGGGCCAUCGACUGGAGGAAGAAAGGAAAGUUUGUCAGCCCUGUGAAAAACCAGGGCCCCUGUGGCAGCUGCUGGACCUUUUCCACCACCGGCUGCUUGGAGUCUGCCAUUGCCAUAAAAACAGGGAAGCUACUGAAUUUGGCGGAGCAGCAGCUGAUUGACUGUGCUCAAAACUUCAACAACUUUGGCUGUAAUGGGGGACUCCCCAGCCAGGCUUUUGAAUAUAUCCUGUACAACAAGGGACUCAUGGAUGAAGAGGGGUACCCUUAUCAGGCUAAGAAUGGCACCUGCAAGUUCCAGCCUCAGAAGGCAGUGGCGUUCAUCAAAGACGUGGUCAACAUUUCACUGUACGAUGAGCAAGGCCUGGUGCAAGCAGUGGGCACGUACAACCCAGUGAGCAUUGCCUUUGAAGUGAAGGACGACUUUGUACUCUAUCAGGAGGGGGUUUACACCAGCACGGAGUGCGACCGAACCCCGGACAAGGUGAACCACGCCGUCCUGGCCGUGGGCUACGGGGAAGCGGACGGCGUGCCCUUCUGGAUCGUCAAGAACUCGUGGGGGCCCUCGUGGGGCAUGGACGGGUACUUCAACAUCGAGCGCGGGAAGAACAUGUGCGGCCUCGCCGACUGCGCCUCUUUCCCGGUCCCCCUGCUCUGAGGCGACACGGAGCCCCGGGUGCCCUCGACGGCUCCGGCAGCGGCGCAGGCGCACUCCGCGCGGCGGUUAAUAAAGGCUUCAAACCGAGAA